AUGGAUGUGGGAGCAGCUGCCGAUGAUGGUGUAAGCAGUUCGAUGCGAAAGGUUCAUCUGCUUUCAGGUGCAACCGUCGAAGUCAAGGACAGUCCUGAGCUGCGUGCCUUUAAACUGGCACUGUCCACAGAGCUCGGACAUCCAACCUUUUUACUGACCCUUUUGUGCAACGGGGCUGCUGUGACUUGCGAUGGCGAGUGGCAGAAGCUUGAAAGCUCCGCCCACCUCGUUGCAGUGCGGUCUUGCCCUUUCUCUGAUUGCACAGCUGACUUCGAUCAGGACUUGACCGAGGCAACUGCCAUUGGUGACAUCAGACGCGUGGAGGAGCUCUUGGCUAAAGGCCAGCGACCCGAUGCAGUCUUCAGACACGCAGUGAAUCGGCCCACUGGCACAAAGCCCCUGCACGUAGCCUCUGAACAAGGGCAUGUGGAGUUGGUCAGACUUCUUAUCCAGGCGCGUGCUGCCAUUGAUGGCGGCAAAUGCCAGAAGACUCCAUUGCAGCUAGCCAGCGAAAAGGGCAACGAUGUGGUUACAAAAGUUCUAGCAGCAGCUUCCGCAGAUAUCAAUGCGACGAGCAGGUGCGGCAGAACUCCGCUCCAGCUGGCGUGUGCAGGUGGGCACACCAAAUGCGCGUACAACUUAUUGCUAGCAGCUGCGGAUGUCAACCAUACCGCCACGAGUGGCCGAACACCCCUGCAGCUCGCUUGCGAGCAUGGCCAUUUGAAUAUCAUCAGCUUUCUUAUCCGGGCUGGUGCCGACAUUCACAAGAAGGGCAUCCAUGGUGGCACUCCAUUACAGAUCGUGUGCGAGAGGGGCCACUUGGAAGGAGCACGCCUUUUGAUCCGAGCUGGUGCAGACAUUAAUUCCACCAGCAGAUACAGCAGGACUGCCUUGCAGCUGGCCUGCGAACAGGGCCAUUUAGAGGUGGUGACACACCUGAUUCAACAGCGGGCAGACGUCACCAGUCAGCGCAACUACGGGAGGACCCCACUUCAGCUUGCUGCCGAGCAGGGCCACGCGGAGGUUGUAAAGGCUUUGGUAAGUGCCCGGGCAGACACUGGAGUCGCAGGUGCCUAUGGCCGUACCCCUUGGCAGCUCGCCUGUGAAGCAGGUCACUUCCAGGUGGUCCGCGUCUUGGUUCAAUCCGGGGCCGGCAGAGCAAAGCGCGGCAAGCCUGCCCAGGAAUGA